AUGUCGAACGCUGAGCUCGCAACCUCGUACGCGGCUUUGAUCCUCGCCGAUGAUGGUGUCGAUAUCACUGCCGACAAGCUUAUGACCCUCAUCAAGGCUGCUAACAUUGAUGAUGUGGAGCCAAUCUGGACCAGCCUCUUCGCCAAGGCCCUCGAGGGAAAGGACGUUAAGGACCUUCUUUUGAACGUCGGAUCCGGUGGUGGAGCCGCUGCCCCAGCUGCUGGCGGAGCUGCCGCAGGUGCUGAUGCCGUUGCUGAUGCGCCCAAGGAGGAGGAAAAGGAAGAGGCCAAGGAGGAGUCAGACGAGGAUAUGGGUUUCGGUCUUUUCGAUUAG